AUGGCUGCAGAAUUAGAGGCUAUGCAGCAAACUAAGACUUGGUAUAUUAUCCCCUUACCUCCUGAUAAACAUUCUAUUGGGUGCAAAUGGGUAUACAAGGUUAAAUAUAAUUUGGAUGGCUUUAUAGAACGGUACAAAGCCCGCUUGGUAGAUAAAGGGUAUACUCAGCAAAAAGGGUUGGACUUUUUGGAUACUUUUUCCCCAGUUGCUAAGUUAGUCAUAGUGAAAGUGUUACUUGCUCUUGUUGCCAUUAAUUCUUGGUCCCUUAUCCAACUUGAUGUCAACAAUGCUUUUCUUAAUGGUGACUUGUUUAAGGAAGUCUACAUGGAUCUUCUUCUUGGUUAUAAGCCCCAAAAUUAUGUUCCUUGA